GUCGAAUCGAGGUCCACCGCCUUGACUUCACCUUCACGUCCGCCGAAAAGCAAGAAAAGCCAUCUCCGAACUCACAAGAACAAGCCAAAAUGGACGACAUAACAUCUUCACUUCAGAACCUGCAACUCAACCAAAUCCCGAUCUACCUCCUCAAAACCCCCUCAUCCCCAUCCGACAGCUACCAAGAACACUUUUCCCAACUCACCAGCAAAUCCCAAAAUGACAAAGAGACCACAUCCUUCAAACCCCUCUUCGUCCCCGUCCUCGAACACAUUUUCCGAGACGACGCCCUCCGGAACAUUAAACGCAGUGCCGAACGUUUCGCCUUCGCAGGAGGUUCACCCGCCACAGCGAGACAAAUCGCAACAAACAACCCCGCCAAACGCUACGGAGGGUUAAUCUUCACAUCCCAACGCGCAGUAGACGCUUUCGGGACUGUGAUUGCGAAGCUCGAUCCCGCGAAAUUGGAAGCUCUUUUCGAUCCCGAAAUGCCAAUCUACGUUGUCGGACCUGCAACGAAGAAAGGCGUGGAAGCUCUUGGAUUGCCAUGCCCCAUUUCAGGCGAGGAGACCGGGAAUGGAGAUGCUUUGGCGGAUUUCAUUCUACAGCACCAUAAUGAUUCGGCGAAAGUGCCCAGCCAUGUUUCAAGCUUGAACGGGAGGAAAUUGCCUUUGUUGUUCUUAGUCGGAGAGCAGAGACGAGAUGUGAUCCCGAAGAAAUUGCAAUCAGAAGAUCUAUCUCCCACAGAACAGAUUCAAGUUACGGAGUUGGUGGUGUAUGAGACGGGAGAGAUGGCGACUUUCGAAGAGGAAUUUACGGAUCUGAUCCAGCAGGCGAAGAAAGUUGGAGUCAAGGAGCAGUGGGUUGUGGUGUUUAGCCCGCAGGGCUGUGAGGCGAUGCUGAAUGCUUUGGGGUGGCUGACUGAAGCUGGGAAAUAUAGUGCUGGGAGGAGAGAGGCAGUGGAGGGACCGAUGAAGACGAGGAUUGCGACGAUUGGGCCUACGACUAGGGAUCAUUUGAGAGGGCAAUUUGGAUUUGACCCAGAUGUCUGUGCAGAGACGCCGACGCCUGAGGGAGUGGCGGGAGGCAUCGUGAAGUUUCGGGCCGCGUGAGGAGGUCUUCGUCGCUCGUGCUGACUCUGCUGAGUUGGCACUUCUGUGAGCAUGAGGAGGUUUGUGGCGUGGCGAGCAGCAUCGCAUUCAAAAGUCAAGAUACCCAGAUACAUUUUGUUGAGCUGGAGAUAUUCUAUACGAUAUCAUACGUGAAUAUGGGCAGUGCUUCAAUGACAUUAACUCGUGCAAUAUCACUUCCUUGUCCUCGAGCCUCGCUUUGCACCCCGUUGGCAGAAGGUACAUGUGUUCAUACUUUAGACAGCGCUCUGCAACACGAUAUCUCCUCUUCACCAUGCCAAGAAGCGGAGAUAUCAUCCCUCUUCAGAGAAGGAUCGUCUCCAGCAGAGGCCUUCUUGAGAUGUACUUGCAUCUCGGACAAAUCUC